AUGGAAGCGAGUCCCAUCUUGACAUCCAAGCAGCGAGAGGAGGUGGUACACGGGUUCCCGACGGAGGUGGUGUGCACGGCGUUCUCCAACUCCAUCCUCGUGCUAGUCACACAGUAUGGGAAGAUGGGGACAAUCGUCUACGUACACCCCAACACCAUCGGGGACAACGUGGGCAGGCCCUCACUCACCACAAAGGUGCUACUGGGCGAGGAUGAGCCCCUCAUUCAUGUUUGUGCCAAAAACCUGGUGGCGUUCGUCUCUGAGGAAGCCGGGAACAAGCCUGUUGUUCUCGCCAUGGCGUUGAAGGACAAGACCAUGGAAGGAAUACAGGCUCUACGGGAAGUGAUCCGAAGUUGCCAAGUGUGGUGAAGUUGUGCCAUCUGGAUUCAAGGAAAUGAUCUUGAGUCUGUGACUCAUCACCACUUAUUUGAAGGGACAAGAAAUGAAAAUGAUGGAAUGUCUUUGUGCUGGUUUUGGAUGUACUGAGGAAUUUAAUGAAUUUUUCACUGCUGUGUAGAACACUUGUGGGUUUUGUUACUGUGACAGGUUUGCAGCCCAUAUAG